AUGGGUAUGAGGAAAGAAAAUGUGACAGAGGAGAAUGGGGAACUCUACCAUGACUCAUGGUCGUCGGACGUCAGUAAUCGCUACCGAUAUUUGUCGGUAAUCUGGGCCUCCAUACCCCCUUCUGGAAAAGGCCUAGCGAUGCCCCUGGCUCCAAUGAACGAUGAUGAAUUGAAUGACGUGUCCAAUAGCGAGCUUUCAACGGAAUACCUGCAAUUUACAUUCGCAGUGGCCUUGGUGAUGUCACUUGUCACUACUCUUGCCAUCGCCGUAGAAAGAUUCAUCCUCUUUUAUCUUGAUCCUUUUGGAAAUCGCAAAAUCAUCACCCCAUUUCGAGCGAUCCUAGCAUUACUGGUGACCUGGGCCUGUGUAGGCGGAUUGUUUUACUUACUAGGUAACCUCUUUAGAAAAAGUGUGAAUGCCUAUUUGGUGGGCAAGGUGAUUUUCUCAUCUUCAAUUUUUAUUGUCGUCACUGUUACUGUAUCUCUAUAUAAGAUCAUCUAUAAGAAAGUAACUUCUGCGUCUAAAGGCCUGGGAUCAUCGGACACCUUCCUCCAGCGGAGGUUCAAGAUGCACCAGAAGAUCACUGUGACAUUCAGCCUUGUCGUCGGAACGACUGGGUUGUGUUGGUUCCCGCUAACAGUGACGGAGAUCUUAAAGGGGCUACCGGGAGUCAAUGAAAAAGCCUGGUACUUCACCCUCGACCGGUUCUUCUUCGGUAUUCUAUGCAUAAACCAAGUCUUGAAUCCGAUCAUCGUGUGGUCCAGAUUGACGGAGUUUAGGAAUACGCUCAAGCUCUGCAGGCGAGAUGGAACGGGCACAACCAACCUUGCAGCCGUAUCAGCCAACGUGCCAGUUAACAACAUGUCUUCUGACAAUCCCAAUUUCAUAUAACGUAACCGUGAGCUUACAAGAAUAAGAAAAUAUCACUUUGAUGCCCCCAGAGUAUUUUUCCUCAUAAUUUUCGAGUU